AUGCCUUUGGGCCUCGGGAGCCUGCACUUCAAUUUAUACAUAAGCGUCGGGCUGAAUGCCUUGUCGGGCCUCCUAUCAAACAUGGCCUUGCUUUUCGUGAUCGGGAGAAUGAGGCGGAAGGUGUUUAUGGGUGGGUUGUGUUUGCUGAGCGGAAUUUGCAACCUGGCGGGCGUGUUCGUGGGGCUCAAGGGAUGGAAGAUUGGGAUGGAGCUACUCUCUUUUUUUUGGGCGUGCAUGGCCUUCAACGUGCUUUUGGUGUACGUGAUGGAGAUGUUCCCUACAUGCGUGAGAAACUCAGCCGUGUCUGUUGUGAGGGAGGCCAUAUUAUUGGGCGGGUUUCUCGGACCUGUGGUAGUGGAGGUGGGGCGCGCCACGGCCAAGGGGAACGGGUUUAUCCCGUAUGGGGUUUUUGGGGUGACGAUAUUGGUAUGUGGGUUGUUUGUGCUGUGGCUUCCGGAAACGAAAGGGAGGGUUUUGUUUGAUACAAUGGAGGAGGAGGAGAACUAUAGGGGUGGAGGAGUUGGUGUAGAUGGUGCUUAG